GACGUUCCCCCGGAAGCCCGGCCGCUCCCGCCUCCAGUUCUUGGCUGACUUCCCUGUGUCCUUUUAGGAUGCCCAGGAGGUGACUAUCUAUUCCAUGGAGUGGGAAUUAAUGACCUUUGAUGCCAACCUGGAUGACAGAGUGAAGAAGAUCAAUGAACAUGUCCGGUCUAACACCAAGGUUCCUGUGCAGGACCAGGUCCUUCUGCUGGGAUCCAAGAUCCUAAAGCCACAGAGAAGGCUGUCGUCUUAUGGCAUUGAGAAGGAGAAGACCAUCCACCUCACCCUGAAAGUGGCGAAGCCCAGGGAUGAGGAGCUGCCCUUGUUUCUCGUGGAGUCUGCAGAUGAGGGGCAGAGGCACCUCCUCCGGGUGCAAAGGUACAGCUCAGUGGCCCAGGUGAAAGAGAUGAUCGAGACUAAGACUGCUAUAACCCCAGAGACCCAGAUUGUGACUUGCAAGGGGAAGAGAUUGGAAGAUGGGAAGAUCAUGGCAGAUUAUAACAUCAGAAAAGGCAAUAUACUCUUUCUGACGGAGCAUUGUAUUGGGGGCUGACGGCCCUGGAGAGGGAGUGCUAUCAGCUACAA